GCAUUUCCUCCUGGGCGGGCCCGGCGCGAUCCUGGGGAGAGCAGCUGGGGGCAGACGCUGCGCUGCGCUCGGCUGGGCCGGCACCAUGCGGUCCCUGCUCUGCGCGCUGGCCGGGCUCGCCCUGCUCCGCGCCGCGGGCGCCUUUGUCGCUGCGGAACCCCUCAUCCCCUCCCACGGAGACCUAGCUCGGAGCCCCAGGUGUGACAGACACCUGGCUGUCCACAGCCGUUUACACGUCAUAGAGGAGAUGGUGGAGAAGACGGUGGAGCACCUGGAGGCAGAAGUGAAAGGCCUGCUGGGUCAGCUGGAGGAGCUGGCCUGGAACCUGCCCCCAGGACCCUUCAACCUGACCCCUGACCUCUUUGGAGAGGGUGAGCAGCUCAGAUCCCUCCUGGGCACGGGAGGCGGAGGAGCCCGGCAGCUGACGUGAUGUACCUGUCAGACAGCUUUCCUCCGAGAACAGAGCCGUGCAUUCUGGCCUUCCUUCCUCAGCUUUGUGCACAAUAAAAGCUACUUCUUUGGUCCCCUCUGUGUCUCUGUCAGUGACCUCUAUAGCUACAGCCCCUUCUCCAUCUACUUUCAUGCCCUUAGGCCCACAUUCACCUGCAGGCUCAGACCUGGGAGCCCCUGGUGAGUCUGUGCUUCUGCUCUCCUUAUUUAUAGGAGCUGAUGGGGCACAGAGAUAAGGCCAAGAAUCCUAAGGUGACACAGGAUAAGGGCCCUUUGAGUAGCCUUCCUGCUCAAAACAUGGCCACAGAUGAACAGCAGUGGCAUCACCUGGGAGCUUAUCAGAAAUGCAGAAUUCGGGACACACCUUGGCCUCCUGAAUCAAAAUCUACUUUUUAAUGAGAUCCCCAGAGGAUUCAUGGGCACAUUAAAGUUUUUUUAAAAAAAUUCCUAUGUAAAAUUCACAUAAUAUAAAAUCCAAAAUUUUAACCAUUUUAAACUACAAAUUCAGUCACUUCAAAAUGUUGUGCAAUCACUACUCUCUAAUUCCAGAACAUUAUCAUCAUCCCCAAAAGAAACCCUGUACCUAUUAAGCAGGUAUUUCCCAUUCCCUCUCCCACCAUCCUUUGGAAACCAGUAGUAUUUCUGUCUCUAUGGACUUGCCUAUUCUGGACAUUUCAUAUAAAUUGAAUUAUACAAUA